AUGUUCUACGCACAUUUUGUUCUCAGUAAAAGAGGGCCGCCAGUGGCCCAUUGGGAUAAGAAGCUAACCAAAGCCUAUGAUUUCAAGUGUAAUUUAGAGAGCAGCGUGGAGAAUAUCAUCUCACCAAAGGUGAAAAUGGCAUUACGGACUUCAGGACAUCUCUUACUGGGAGUAGUUCGAAUCUAUCACAGGAAAGCCAAAUACCUUCUUGCAGACUGUAAUGAAGCAUUCAUUAAGAUAAAGAUGGCAUUUCGGCCAGGUGUUGUUGACCUGCCUGAGGAAAAUCGGGAAGCAGCCUAUAAUGCCAUUACUUUACCUGAAGAAUUACAUGACUUUGAUCAGCCACUGCCUGACUUAGAUGACAUCGAUGUGGCCCAGCAGUUCAGCUUGAAUCAGAGUAGAGUGGAAGAGAUAACCAUGAGAGAAGAAGUUGGGAACAUCAGUAUUUUACAAGAAAAUGAUUUCGGUGAUUUUGGAAUGGAUGAUCGUGAGAUAAUGAGAGAAGGCAGUGCUUUCGAGGAUGAUGACAUGUUAGUAAGCACUACUGCUUCUAACCUCCUAUUAGAGUCUGAACAGAGCACCAGCAAUCUGAAUGAGAAAAUCAACCAUUUAGAAUAUGAAGACCAAUAUAAGGAUGAUAAUUUUGGAGAAGGAAAUGAUGGUGGAAUACUAGAUAACAAACUAAUUAGUAAUAAUGAUGGCAGUAUCUUUGAUGAUCCCCCUGCCCUCUCUGAGGCAGGGGUGAUGUUGCCAGAGCAGCCUGCACAUGACGAUAUGGAUGAGGAUGAUAAUGUAUCAAUGGGUGGGCCUGAUAGUCCUGAUUCAGUGGAUCCUGUUGAACCAAUGCCAACCAUGACUGAUCAGACAACACUUGUUCCAAAUGAGGAAGAAGCAUUUGCAUUGGAACCUAAUGAUAUAACUGUUAAAGAAACAAAAGCCAAGAGGAAGAGGAAGCUCAUUGUUGACAGUGUCAAAGAGUUGGACAGCAAGACAAUUAGAGCCCAACUUAGUGAUUAUUCUGAUAUUGUCACUACUUUGGACCUGGCACCACCCACCAAGAAGUUAAUGAUGUGGAAAGAGACAGGAGGAGUAGAAAAACUGUUUUCUUUGCCUGCUCAGCCUUUGUGGAAUAACAGACUACUGAAGCUUACACACUGUCUUACACCACUUGUACCAGAAGACCUUAGAAAAAGGAAGAAAGGAGGAGAGGCAGAUAAUUUGGAUGAAUUCCUCAAAGAGUUUGAAAAUCCAGAGGUUCCUAGAGAGGACCAGCAACAGCAGCAUCAGCAGUGUGAAGUUAUUGAUGAGCCUAUUAUGGAAGAGCCAAGCCGCCUCCAGGAGUCAGUGAUGGAGGCCAGCAGAACAAACCUAGAUGAGUCAGCAAUGCCUCCACUGCCACCUCAGGGAGUUAAGUGAAAAGCUGGACAAAUUGACCCAGAGCCAGUGAUGCCUCCUCAGCAGGUAGAGCAGAUGGAAAUACCACCUGUGGAGCUUCCCCCAGAAGAACCUCCAAAUAUCUGUCAGCUAAUACCAGAGUUAGAACUUCUGCCAGAAAAAGAGAAGGAGAAAGAGAAGGAAAAAGAAGAUGAUGAAGAGGAAGAGGAUGAAGAUGUUUCAGGGGGUGAUCAAGAUCAGGAGGAAAGAAGAUGGAACAAAAGGACACAGCAGAUGCUUCAUGGUCUUCAGCGUGCUCUUGCUAAAACUGGAGCUGAAUCUAUCAGUGUGCUUGAGUUAUGUCAAAGUAUGAACAGAAAACAAGCUGCUACAAAGUUAUACAGCUUCUUGGUUCUUAAAAAGCAGCAAGCUGUUGAGCUGACACAGGAAGAACCAUACAGUGAUAUCAUCACAACACCUGGACCAAGGUUCCAUAUUAUAUGAGGAGCUAGAAGCAUUACAGCUAGUGUUUGUUUCACUAGUGCUUACAAAUUGCCCCCAUGUGUAGGGGACACAGAACCCUUUGAGAAAACUUAGAUUUUUGUCUGUACAAAGUCUUUGCCUUUUUCUUCAUUUUUUUCCAGUAUAUUAAAUUUGUCAAUUUCAUCUUUGAGGGAAACUGAUUAGAUGGGUUGUGUUUGUGUUCUGAUGGCGAAAACAGCACCCCAAGGACUCAGAAGAUAAUUUUAACAGUUCAGAACAUAUGUGUGCAAUAUUGGUGCAUGUAAUAAUGUUGAAUGGCAGUCAAAAGUCAUCAUUUUUAUCUUACUUCUUCAU